AACCCUGACAGGCCCAUACACCUAAUAUUAGGGUCCAAGCUGAACCCGCAACCCCAAACCUAAUAAAACGGCUCAACUACAAAACCCUAACCCCCUUCUCCUUGCCCAUUUCACAAGUUGAAGCGGCGAGAGAGAGACAGAGGAGAGAGAUAAGCCGACGCCAUGGGUAUUGAUUUGAUAGCUGGAGGUAAGAGCAAGAGGACCAAGAGGACUGCUCCUAGAUCUGAUGAUAUCUACCUAAAGCUCAUUGUCAAGCUUUAUCGAUUUUUGGUGAGGAGGACUGGGAGCAAGUUCAAUGCUGUGAUAUUGAAGAGGCUCUUUAUGAGCAAAACCAACAAGCCUCCGAUGUCUUUGUCCCGGUUGAUUCGGUUCAUGACCGGAAAGGAGGACAAGAUUGCUGUUAUUGUUGGUACCAUCACUGAUGAUGUUCGGGUGCAUGAAAUUCCCUGCAUGAAAGUAACAGCUUUGAGGUUCACCGAAACUGCCAGAGCAAGAAUUGAGAAAGCAGGAGGUGAAUGCUUGACAUUUGACCAGCUCGCUCUUAGGGCCCCUCUUGGGCAGAACACGGUACUUCUUAGAGGCCCUAAGAAUUCCCGUGAAGCGGUUAAGCACUUUGGCAAGGCUCCUGGUGUGCCACACAGUCACAGCAAGCCAUAUGUUCGAUCAAAGGGAAGGAAAUUUGAAAAGGCCAGAGGAAAAAGAAACAGCAGGGGCUUUAGGGUUUGAUUUAUAUAUUGUGGGUCACAAACAGAUCAGAUUGUUCCGUCUAUCAGUGCAAUACUCUAUCCAGUCUACUUUAGCGUGUUCUUUUUGUUGUCUUCUGUUUUACAACUUAAUACUGUUUUGACUUGGAGUAGCAGUUUGUUAUUUGAAUCAUUCUUGACCUUGGAUUACA